CCCGAGCAUCUUCAUCCCGGCUCGUACCGGAACCGACAUUCAGAGAUGGAGGGUCACAUGACGCUCUUCUCCGUGCUUCUCUACAUCACCGUUGCAGCCUCAGCCUCAAGCCAGACAUGCAGCCCCAAGGAUGUUGCAGACAGCGCCUCCAUGUAUGUGAGUGAGAUGUCAAGCGGCUGUUGGACCAGUUUUGUCCGACAGGACAACGUGGAGGUCCACAUCCUGAACCUGGACUUCAGCAAGGAGAGGAUCAUGUUCACGUUGGAGUUGACCAAUGCAAAGCCGAUGAACCUCAUCCUCACAUCUUCAUCUUCAGGGGAUCACUAUGGUCUGUUCAACAUCAACAAGGAUGUCCACAUUUACGUAAACAGUACAUCCAGAAUUACAAUUUAUUGUAAUCAACUUAAGGAGAAUAUCCACGAGGAAACCAUCCCCACUCAGACCGAGGAGCUGGUAAAGUGGGCAGAACAGAGGUUUGAGGGUGUGACUUCAUUCACCACUGUUCGGGAUCCAAAAAACAUCUCAACAAUAGCCACACAAGGAACGACAGAUGGCCCCCGUAAGUGCCUACUUGAAAACGAAGAUUCAUCAAAGAAGCACUUUAUGCAGAUUGAUGCAAAUUGGUUCCGAUCCUGCAUCCCUCUGCAGCAGAGGACCGGUGAGGAAGAGCUGCACGUCAUAAACAUCCCGGAGGAUUCCAUGAUCCGGAACGUUUCCCUGCGCGUGGAUACGCUGAAGACCAGUGUGUUUCUGCGAGGCCCUCAGGGCACAACAUGGACCAUCCUCAACCCCCUACACACCAAAUUUGGUUCUAACAAUGACAUCCUGCUGCCCACCCCAGCUUUCACAUCGAGUAUUCCCCCGUCGUAUACGGGGAAACUGAGCGGUGACAAGGCGGUUGAGGUGCAGAGGAUGGCUUUGCUUCAUUUCAAUACAAGCAACUUCACCAGCUAUACUGAAGUUAAAGCGUCCAGCUCUGCUAUUUUCCUGAUUCUUGGAAAAGAACUCAGCUUUUCAGGAGUCACACAUUCAGAGCCGGUCAUUCCCAUGACAACUAACCCCCCUCAGCAGAUGCCUCUGCUGAUGCAGCUGUAUACCUCCCCAGACUACCGUUUGCCCCUUGACCCCAACACCAAAGUGCAGAGUGACAGGAGGAUAUACGCGGAGAUUUCUGGUCACGCUUUAGGGGACAUUGUCCUGACUAUCAAGGUGAUCAGAUGCUUUGUGAGCUCCAAGGGUUCCUGCCCCGUGGUUAAAGAGCUGCCCUUCAUUCCCGAGGCCUGCCCCGGGAACUCCUGCUCCUACAGUUCCCGGCUCAGCUUCUCCCUGGACCAGCUGCAGGAACUCACCUCCACCUCCUGGGACCUGGAGUGCUUCGUCCAGCUCUGCCAUAGUGAGAAAUGUGGAGAUGGAGGACGAGUGAGGAGGAACCUGGAGGUCACACAGCCGUAUGUUUCCCCGUCCUCACCGUGCUUCGACUUCGGCCUCUCCGGGGUCCUGGGCAUCGCUUUCGGAGGAUUCGUGAUUGGAGUAUUACUUAUUGGAGCACUGUGGUUUAUCAAAAUUAAAACAGGGUAUCCAACCAGACUGGACAUGAGCUCGACUGCAGCCAGUCUUCCAGGAUGUCCCUGCUCAAGAGCAAAGCGGCAGCCUGUUUCCACCAACCCGUCCCCCUCUGAGAACAGCAGCGCCAACGCGAGCAUUGGAAGCACCCAGAGCACGCCGACGAGCAGCAUGGCAUGAGAUAACAGCACUUUCUGCAGCGUCUCCUUCAAACUCAUUCAUCUGGGUCCUUUCUUUAGUUUUUUCUUUUGUUAAUGCUCAAAAAGCAUUUUCCCCCAAUCCCCUGACCCCUUUAAAUUCCUGUUUCAAAAAGCACAAGACAUGAUUUUUUGACGUACCGCAUCUGAAAUGGAUGUGAUCUGGGAGUUUGUAGCUGUGGAUGUUGAGUGACCAAAGCUCUAGUCAUUUAGUCUAGGCAGAAUUUCUGAAAAUGUGCUUAUUUAAAGUGCUGAAGGCAUUUUGUGAAUAUUUACAAUAUACAACAUUUCUAGGGGUAUUAAGGGGUGCUGAAUCCAAAUCUGCUGUAUAUGAAGCUCAAAAAUGUCCCAAAAUGCCUCAAAAUUGAGAAAUCCAACAUGGCCGCCAGGCUGAAAUCUAUUUUUCAGUAUAUCUUUUUGACUAAACAAGGUACAAACAUGAAUUAAAUGUACUUUUGUAAGUUUUCCUACAUGACAACCUCUUUAUC